UUAAUUUCGCUGACAUUCCCAUGAUCACUGGCAGUAAUCGCUAUUGGCUGAAGACGGAAACGAAGAUCAUCGGCGGGCCCAACGAGAUCGAGUGAGAUAGGAUAGCAUCGGAGUAAGCUUUCUGUUUCUUUACAGGUCUUCAAAUAUUCAGCAGCGAAUGUUGUGUUUAUGUUCAAUUUUCGACUUCUAGUUUAUUAUCGACUGAUAGUUUAUUUGACAGUUUGUAUGAAAAUAUGAGUAUUUCUGGUAAAACUCUUUAUACGAAAGUUUGUGGUUUGCGUCCUGGACUGUCGAAUCUUCUUACACCGGAAUUAUUGAAUAAAAUUUGCGAUGAGCCUGUGGUACAACCAUUCUUAAAGUGGUUUUGUGAAAAUUUAAAUUACGUCAAUGUUGUGUCAGAUGAAGAUCUUCAAAUAAUGAAACAACUACAAGAUACAAACAUGUGGCUAGAAGGUCAUGAACUAGAUCAUGCAUUGGAGGAAGCUACUAAAGAUGCUCCAGAUUUAUUAAAAAUUGUAUCUUUUGAUGACACAGAUAUUAAUGAUUUAUUUGCAGAAUUUGAAAUACUGAAAGAAUCACACAAAGAAGAUGAAAAUUAUAUUUACACGCUACAAAAUGGGAUACAAAAUUUAAAGGAAUUAGAGAUUAAAUUAGAUGAAGAUAUAGAGAAAGAAGAAGAAUGUCUAAAUAGGGAAACUAUUGAAGCAAAUAAGGCAUAUGAAGAUUGUUUUGAAAUUUUGAGACAAUUUGAUAUACGAAAUCAUGAAUUUUUUAAAGAAGUCAAACAUCUUUUGAAUAUUUAUGCAGAUGCAGCUGAAAAUAAAGGAACACCAUUAUUAUGGACUCAAAUGCCAUUAGAACUAUUUAUUAAAAAAAUUGAACUAUAUAAUCAAUAUUUACAUGUCCAUAUAAAACGAGAGUUUGGAAGUGUACCUGAGAAAGAGCAAUCGACAGAUUCCGAUUAUAUUUAUUUAAUAAGCAACAGUGGAAAAAAGAAUUUAAAUAAUGAAGAGUUACAAGAACUAGCAUUGUGUAAAACAAACUUGACUAAUGCGAAGAUGGAGAAAAUUUUGGCUAAAAUAGAAGAAAAAUCAUGGAGUGCAGUGUUUAAUUACAUAAAAGAUAUAUAUAAUUUAGGAAAUUUAAAAGUACCAUCACCGUUGGAAUUAAGCACAGAGAUAUUAACGCUGACUAAAAAAAGAGAUUUCUUGGAAGAAAAUGUCAAUUUGUUACAACAAAAUCAAUUAACAGAAUUAGUGCAACAGUUCUCAGAACGGGAAAUCACUAAAAUUUUAAGACAUGAUAUGCAGUCAAGACUCAAGGAAAAAAAAAAUUGUUUGGAGAAACUUAAAACUCUGCUAUUUCUUGUGCGAGAAAAUGGUCACGUGUCCACUGAUUUAUUACGAAUAUUAAUGGAAAUACAAUUUUCUCGACUUAGAGUCAUCUCAGAAUUUGUAGCCGAUGCUUACCAUUAUUUAACAACGGAAUAUUCAUUAUCAACGAAAAGAUGUGAAAACAUGGAACUACAGCAAAAUGAAUACUUUGCAGCCAUAUUAUCGUCACCAAACAUGCAUAAUUCAUUUCACAAACUAUUCGUAUCAAUGGUAUGCAAUGGUGAUAAUACACAACAAUUAAAUUCUAUGUUGAGUAAAUAUAAUACUCUCAUGGACGAAAACAAAAGUAAGAAACAUUUCACAAUGGAAACAUAUUUGAAUUCUAAAAUUUCUAAAUUAGAAAUGUUACAAAAUGAAAUAAAUGUACAAUAUUUGAACGAAAUUCAAAAAGAACAUACACAUACAUUUAAAGCAGUUUCCCAUGAAAUUGAGACAUGUUAUGAUGAAACAUUUAGUAAUUUGCAAGAUAUACAGAUUGACUUAAGAAAAAUAAGGAGCCAAAUAAAAGAACAACUGGAAACAAAUACAAGCUACGAACGAGAAAAAAAUAUCCUUUGGCAACGAUUUUUGAUGGAUCCUGACACUUUAAGAAAAAUACAUCAAGAAGCUUACGGAACAGAAGACCCGUGGGCCACAUAG